CAUUUCAUCCAUCAAUAUGUUCGCACUCAGGCAUGUUCAUUCUCUUGCUGUAAUUUAAUGUUUGAUACAGUUUUAUUUGAUUCUUUGCCAUGCCCUGGGCUCUGGUUGCAUGCUCUCCGCGGAUCAACGAGUAGGGAGGCAAAAAGCAGAGAGCAGCAGUGGAAGGAGCCUGUCUCCAGCUGGCAGACAUCCACACAGCCCAGGAGGGGUUUCCAGAUUUUCACCAGCUGAGCCAGCCCUGGAGGGACCAUCUCGUGAGCAGAGUGGGAGCAGGCAGCCUGCAGACUGCAGACACCUCCACCAUGACCACGGCAGGGCUUUUGGUGCUGCUCUCCUUCGCUCUUUGCUGCGUCCCAGAUACUGCCUUUGGGAUUGAGGUGGACUGCAGCACAUAUCCCAACACCACAAACGAGGAGGGCAAGGAGGUGCUGGUCUGCAGCGAGGCCGUCAGCCCCAUCUGCGGCUCCGACGGCGUCACCUACGGCAACGAGUGCCUGCUCUGUGCCUACAACGUAGAAUAUGGAACCAAUGUCAGCAAAGACCACGAUGGAGAGUGCAAGGAAGUUGCCCCUGUGGAUUGCAGCAAGUACCCCAACUCAACCUCUGAGGAUGGCAAAGUGGCGCUGCUGUGCCACAAAGACCUCAACCCCGUCUGCGGGACUGACUGGGUCACCUACAACAACGAGUGCCUGCUCUGCGCCAGGAGCCUGGAGGCUGGAGCCAGUAUUGGCAAGAAGGCUGAUGGUGCAUGUAAGAAGGAAAUUGUCACAGUUGACUGCAGUGACUACCCCAAACCUGUCUGCACACUUGACUACAUGCCUCUCUGUGGCUCUGACAACACAACAUACAACAAUAAGUGUGUCUUCUGCAACGCAGUCGUGGACAGCAAUGGGACUAUCACUUUAAGCCAUUUUGGAAAAUGCUGAGUAUCAGUGCCAAGGGAAUUCACCACAGGAUCCCCACUGGAAAAUCCCAGAUAAAGAUCUCACCUCAGUUCAUGUCACCCUCUGGGGAACUCAGCUCACUCCUGAUUUUCUUUCUCAAUAAACUAAAUCAGC